CAGUCAGAGCAUUUCGUGCUGGCGCGUCAUCGGGCAGCCUCACGUGGGGUCCUUCAGACACCCGGAAGCGCGCCGGUGUUUACAGUCGAGUGUGAGGAACACGUGUGUGAUGAUCUCUGUGUGUAAGCAGCUGUGAGAUACACAUCAUGAGAGUCGUUGCGCUGAUCAGCGGCGGGAAGGACAGCUGUUAUAACAUGCUGCAGUGUGUGUCUGCUGGUCACUCUAUCGUGGCUCUCGCGAACCUCAUGCCUCACACACACGCUCCGGAUGAGCUGGACAGCUACAUGUAUCAGACGGUGGGUCAUCAGGCCGUGGAUCUGUACGCCGAGGCCAUGGGUGUUCCCCUGUACAGGCGCACUAUCGAGGGCUCCAGUCUGCACACGGAGAGAGAAUACAGCCAGACCGAAGGAGACGAGGUGGAGGAUCUCUACCAGCUGCUCAAGCUUGUGAAGGAGAAGGAGUGUGUUGAGGCCGUGUCUGUGGGGGCCAUUCUGUCCGACUACCAGAGAGUACGUGUGGAACAUGUGUGUGUGAGACUGCAGCUCCAGCCGCUGGCGUACCUGUGGCGCCGAGACCAGGCCGAGCUGCUCCGAGAGAUCAUAUCCAGUGACCUGCACGCCGUCCUCGUCAAGGUGGCAGCGUACGGCCUGGAUCCAGAGAGACAUUUAGGAAAAUCCCUGGCGGAGAUGGAAGAGUGUCUGCACGAGCUUUCAGAGAAGUAUGGAGUUCAUAUCUGUGGAGAAGGAGGCGAGUAUGAGACCUUCACCGUUGACUGUCCGCUCUUCAAGAAGAAGAUCGUCAUUGACUCGAUGGAGACGGUCAUCCACUCGGCCGAUGCCUUCGCUCCUGUUGGAUACCUGCACUUCACACGCAUGCACACGGAGGACAAGAGAGAAGCCUCUGGAGGACGGCCGCUGCCUCUCACUAGAUGUCCUUGCCAGAACACCAUUGACAGGAUGACAGAAGAGCUGGAAUAUGCUGAUAAAACUCCAGACGUCCAGGGAGGAUGUCCAUCAAGCACUGAGCGCAGUUGUCAGCCGGAGCCGGGUGGUGUGCCCUCACACUCGUCCAGGAGUUCCUCAGGUUUCCAGUGGAUAUCCGGUCUAACAGCGCUUCAGUCCGAACACCCAGACGUCCAGAGCCAAACCCAGCACGUCUUCACACUCCUGCAAAGGCAGCUGCAGGAGAAAGGUCUGCUGAUGAAGCACGUGCUCCUGGUUCAUCUCUACGUGAGUGACAUGGAGAACUUCAGUCAGAUCAACUCUGUGUACUGCAGCUACUUCCCUCUCAGUCCUCCGGCCAGGGUGUGUGUCCAGACGAGGCUCCCGGUCUCUCAGCAGCUGCAGAUGGACGUUCUGCUUCACGACGGGACGCUGGCCUGCGAGGAGGACGCUUUUCCUCAGAGAGACACGCUUCACGUCCAGAGUCUGUCCCAUUGGGCCCCGGCCAACAUCGGGCCCUACAGUCAAGCUGUGAAGGUGCGGGAGGCGGUGUUCUGUGCUGGUCAGAUCGCUCUGGUGCCCUGCUCCAUGCAGCUGGUUAACGGGCCGGUGGCUCUCCAGGCUCGGCUCUGCUUCAGUCACAUGGAGAAGGUUCUGCGUGCAAUGGACUCCAAACUCACGCUGGCUCACGUGCUGCAGGCGCACAUCUACCUCACCCACCGUGACCACGCCGCGGCUGUCACAGAGGCCUGGAACAGAACACUACAGGACGCCCAGGAGUGUGAGGCAGCGGUGCGGGUGGAGAGCAGCGUUGUGGUCGUGCCGUCGUUACCCAGAGGAGCAGCGGUGGAGCUACACGUCACAGCUGUGCAGGACCGUCCCACAGACAGAUCGUCUCAUCCCAGCGCCUCACAGAUCCACGGAGGAAGCGUGGAGGGCCGUCUGCUGCGGUCCAGCUGCGCUCGAUACGCCUCUCUGUCUCUCAGUGUGAGUGUGAGCGAUCCUCACGCAGCGGCCGAGAGCAUCACCCAUCAGCUGCUGUCUUCAGUCCAGAGCGCUCUUCAGCAGACCAGCGCUCUCUCUGCCCUGUGUGCCAGAGUCUUCUACAAGAGCCACGACCCGCUCGCCACACAGAUCGCCUCAGGGUUGGAGCAGCGCUGGAGCGGUGGACUCGGUCCUGCUGUGGCUCUGGUUCCUGUUGAAGAUCUGCCGGAUCUGUGUGUCCUGAUCUUCUCCUGCUGGCUCAGUGUGUAGUGGAGCUGAGCAGAACCUGAAGAAGCGAACCCCAUCCGCUCAUGUGACUGUGGAGAUCUGCUGUUGCUGAUGUCCAGCUCAGACACCUCUGUGUUUUUGAAUGUGUAUGUAUGUGUCUUUUUAUUAAAGGGUUAACUCACUCAAAUCAUGGUUCUGUCAUCAUUUACUCUCCUUCAUGUUGACUUUUAUUCUCAAACACAGAUUGUCUUCUCUUUUCCCUUCAGUGAAAGCGUAUAGUAGUGAUGCACUGAAAUAUCAGCAACAAGUUUAUUCAAAACAGGAAAAAAAUGUAAAAAGUGAUUUCUUGAAAUGAGAUGUAAACAAAAAUGUCACAUAACUUUCACAUUUCACUUAGGAAAUACAUUCAGUAU